GAAAGUUAUAUCCGAUGUACAUCCCUUUCACCGGAGUGGGAAUGAUCACAACCUUUUACUUUAACCAUAACAUCCAAAAAGCUAUCCUAACUUGGUAACGAUCAAGACGUAUUCCCUUGCGUCUAUCGUUCCUCACACAAAUAUCUCGUCAUCAUGUCGAUGUCAAGAAAUCUAGCUCGCCAUCGUGGCAACAUGCUACGUUCAUCUGCCACCACUUCGGCCAAUAUGAUAAUGUCAAGUUCAUCAAGACGCAUUCUACCUUGCGUUGGAAUGGCAGCACAACAAGCACAAAGAACUGCUUCUUUCACAACAUCAGCACAUCUACGCAAUCCUGAUCAAUCCAAUCCAGCAGCCACCUCAAAUGCACAACAGGCCAGAUCUAUUUCAACAAAUGCACCAAAAGAACAAGCAUCUCCCGUUCAAGGAUCUACCUCUGCCGCAAGACCUGAGCCAUCACCUUCAUUCCAACAAACACCUCCAAGUAGCACCCUAGCCAGACAUCAACAACAGGAAGAACUUGAUGAAUCUUUCGUCGGAAUGUCAGGAGGUCAAAUCUUUCAUGAAAUGAUGCUAAGACAUGGUGUUAGACACAUCUUCGGUUAUCCAGGUGGUGCAAUUCUGCCCGUGUUUGAUGCAAUCUACAAUUCUAAAAAUUUUGACUUCAUUCUACCUCGUCGUGAAGAUGGUGCAGGUCAUAUGGCUCAAGCUUACAGCCGUGUGACCGGAAAGCCUGGUGUCGUGUUGGUCACCAGUGGUCCAGGUGCCACAAACACAGUCACACCACUUGCCGAUGCCCAAAUGGACGGAUCCCCACUCAUUGUCUUUUGUGGUCAAGUCGCCACAAGUGCAAUCGGAUCGGAUGCUUUCCAAGAAGCUGAUAUGUUGGGCAUCAGUAGAAGUUGCACAAAAUGGAACGUGAUGGUUAAGAACAUCACUGAACUUCCUCGUCGUAUCAAUGAAGCAUUCAAGAUUGCAAUGAGCGGAAGACCUGGACCAGUAUUGGUCGAUCUACCGAAAGAUGUCACUGCUGGUAUCUUGUGGCAAGCUUUGCCUUUCUCUCAAACAACACCGAACCAAGCUGCUUUGCCAAGUCGUGCAACCGCUCGUCCUCGCUCACGCUUGCUUUCUCCUUCCAGCAAUGCAUCUGUUGAACUUUCGCCUGAAAUCAGACAAGCUGCUGAUUUGAUCAACAAGGCUAAGAGACCUAUCAUUUAUGCCGGUCAAGGAAUGCUCUCCAGCCCAGAAGGUCCAGAAUUGCUCAAAACACUCUCUCAUCGUGGUCAAAUUCCCGUCACAACCACACUACAAGGUCUAGGAGCAUUUGACGAAAAUGAUCCUCUUUCUCUGCAUAUGUUGGGUAUGCACGGUAGUGCUUAUGCCAACUUGGCCAUGCAAGAUGCUGAUUUGAUCAUUGCUCUUGGUGCACGAUUCGAUGACCGUGUUACUGGACGUGUGGACAAAUUUGCACCUCAUGCAAGAGCUGCUGCAAUGGAAGGACGAGGUGGUAUUAUCCAUUAUGAAAUCAUGCCAAAGAACAUCAACAAGGUCGUUCAAGCAACAUGUGCGAUCGAAGGUGAUGUUGUUCGCAACCUUGGCAAAACUCUGAGUUUGAUCACAGAAAAUAAAACACGUGGAGAAUGGCUAAAGAAGAUUGAUGAAUGGAAGACAAAAUAUCCAUUCUAUUACAACCCUGCCGCUCCAGACGCGCCUGCUAAACCACAAGAAGUGAUGGAGGAGAUUGAUAUUGCCGUGGGACCUGAACGUAAGAAGGACUUGGUCGUUUCUACCGGUGUAGGAGCACAUCAAAUGUGGGCAGCACAACAUAUUCGUUGGACUACGCCACGUACCUGGGUCACUUCUGGUGGUGCAGGAACAAUGGGUGUAGGUAUUCCAUUCGCUAUUGGAGCCAAGGUUGCACAGCCUGAAAAGAUUGUUAUUGAUGUUGAUGGUGAUGCAAGUGCACAAAUGACAUUUAUGGAAAUGGCUACUGCAGCAGAAUUUGGUGUUGGUGUAAAGGUUUUGAUCUUGAACAAUAAUGGACAAGGAAUGGUUGUUCAAUGGCAAGAUUUGUUCUACGAAGAACGUUAUAGUCAUACAAAACAAAAGAAUCCUUCGUUUACCAAAUUGGCAGAAGCAUGUGGAAUCAAGGGAAUUUUGUGCAGCAAUAAAGGAGAAUUGAAAGAAAAGAUGGCAGAAUUUAUCAAUUACGAUAAUACAAAACCUGUUUUGAUGGAAGUUUUGGUGGAAGAUAAAGAACACGUUUUGCCAAUGGUUGCUGCCGGAAAAGCACUACAUGAAAUGGUACUACAUUCUGAUUUGAAAUUGGAGCCAAGAAAAUGAUUUCGCAACGAAAAACUCAAUCGCUCUGACCCGCCCCGCCCGCUAUCUAAAAAUCCUCGACUUAAAUUGUUUGAGGACCUGUACUAUUUUUCUCUUUGUUCUUGACUGCUCAUGAAAUCUUAUACGAAUGAUUCUCUG